AUGUGUGGAAGAAGAGGACAAGAAAAGUUGGAAGAGUACCCAACUGUGGAAGGCCAGGAUAUGGUGCUGUACCUUAUCAUUCCAGUUCUAGCCUUUGCCCUUUUUGUCAAAACCAAAGAAGUUCCAGCAAAAAGGAGUUUUGAAUGUAAAGAAAAAUGGUGGAAAUGCUGUCAGCAACUAUUUAUGGACCAGUCCAGCAUCCAUAGACAUGUGGCAACACAACAUGCUGAUGAAAUUUAUCACCAGACUGCUUCUAUUUUAAAGCAACUGGCUGUGACAUUGAGCACCCCAAAGAGUCUUACGUCUGCAGACAAAAAGAACCCUCUAAAAGAGUGCCUUGUCCAUAGCAAUGAAGUGUCUUCCUGGCUCCCUGAUAUAAGCUGCUUUAGCCCUGAUGAACUGAUAAGUGGCCAGGGCAGUGAUGAAGGUGAGGUGCUACUGUAUUACUGCUACCGUGACCUGGAGGAUCCCCAUUGGAUCUGUGCCUGGCAGACAGCUCUGUGUCAGCACUUGCACCUCACGGGCAAGGUUCGAAUUGCUACAGAAGGAAUCAAUGGGACAGUUGGUGGAAGCAAAUUGGCCACCAGUCUCUAUGUGGAAGUCAUGCUUUCCAGCCCAUUGUUUAAAGACUAUCUGUGUAAGGACGAUUUUAAGGCCAGCAAAGGAGGACCUCACUGUUUUCCAGAAUUGCGUGUUGGUGUAUUUGAAGAAAUUGUGCCCAUGGGGAUCAGCCCCAAUAAGAUCUCCUACAAGAAGCCUGGAGUCCAUUUAUCCCCAGGUGAAUUUCAUAAAGAAGUAGAAAAGUUUUUAUCUCAGGCAAAUCAAGAACAAAGUGAUACUAUUCUACUGGAUUGCAGAAACUUCUAUGAAAGCAAAAUAGGACGAUUCCAGAGCUGCUUAGCCCCAGAUAUCAGGAAAUUCAGUUAUUUCCCUAGCUACGUUGACAAAAAUCUGGAACUUUUCAGAGGGAAGAGGGUGCUGAUGUACUGCACUGGGGGCAUCCGUUGUGAGCGGGGUUCAGCCUACCUCAAAGCCAAGGGAGUGUGCAAGGAAGUGUUCCAGCUCAAGGGUGGCAUUCACAAGUACCUGGAAGAGUUUCCUGAUGGUUUUUACAAAGGGAAGCUGUUUGUUUUUGAUGAGCGUUAUUCCCUGUCCUACAACAGUCACGUGGUAUCAGAAUGUUCAUACUGUGGAGCCCAGUGGGACCAGUAUAAACUCUGCUCAACUUCCCAAUGCCGCCAGCUUGUUUUGACCUGUGCUGCUUGUCAAGGAAAAGGAUUCACAGCCUGUUGUGCCACAUGUCAAGACAAAGGGAACAGGCAGUCUUCAGGACUUACUCAGGACAGCUUUAAAGAGGAAUGCGAGUGUACAGCUCGACGGCCACGCAUUCCUAGGGAAUUCUCAUGGCAUGCGCGACACCCUGUGAGGCCAGGGCCCAAUGUUGGUGAGGGUGGGCCAGUGCUUGUGUGAGUGGCGCCUUCAGCAUUUCCCCAAGCUUUCACAAAGUAGGUUUGGGGAGACCAUGUAUAGGAGAAUGUCAAGGCUGCAGAAACAGAGCAAUGGAGAACGUUAGUGCUGGCCAGUGACACUGUGGCAAACUGGUCACCAUAUUAGCCACUUACAUUUCACAGGGGGAGGGAGAGGGAGUUGGGCGUUGACCUCUUACCUGAAACAUUCUGAUUCAGAAGAUGCUAUAGCAAGAAAAAAGGUGAGCUGUAUGGGAUCCCAAAGCUGCUAAGAGAUAGAGCCUUGAGCCUGGUGACCGUGUCAUGCCCUUUCUCUGCCAUGCAGCAGGACCAUUAGUAGUCAUUGCUGUUGUCAGCAAAAAUGUGAAAGCUAUGGCCUUGGGAGCAGACUCCUAAACCAGGCCACUUAGGUCAUCUGCCAUCUACCCCUACCUCUGUAUCCUCUCUGACAGCCUGAAGGGAUCUGCAAACUAUGGCCUUUUGGCUCAC